CCUUCCCCCUUCCUCCUCGACGCCUGCGCCGGGUUCGCGACGUAUAAUAGACGCAGCCUGUAGAAUUUCUGGUCACUAGACGCUUGCUCGCCAAAUCACUCGUUUCAAUGCAUCGUGCACUCCUCAUAGACGAGCUCCUUAGACAUAUAUUCACGCAUUUGGAUGUCGAUCUAGACAAGGCAACACGGAAGAGGACAUUCUACCAGCUCGCUCGCGUCUGCAAGGCGUGGCGAGAUCCUGCGCUUGACUAUCUCUGGUUUUUCUUACACCAGCGGGACUCAGAGGCGCUCUUCAGGUUGAUACCUGGGCUGCAAUGUCACCACGGGAUUUAUACGUUGGAUGACUCGCAAGAGCUAUCUCUAGAAUCGUUGGCCAAGUUCAACGCCUAUGCCAAGCGCGUCAAGGGAGUCUGCCAAUACUCCGCAGACCUCUUCAAAGUCUCCCCGUCCCUCAUCUCCCGCCUCCAAUCCUGCCUGUCCUCGUCUUCAAAUCACUCCACCACUAUAUUCCCUUCCCUCACCUCCGUCCGCCUCCUUCUACACUUCUCCCUCUCUUCGCCAUCGUUCUCCAAAGUACCUCUGUCCUCGCCACUCACGCUCUCCCUGUGGCUCUCCCCUGUACUUCGAUCCCUCUCUCUCGAGCUGCCUCUCAUCUCUCGCAAGCCCUUCGAACCCUCCCACCCAAGUAACAAGCAAGCCGAGCUGCGCGCAUACCUCGUCGAAGUCAUGCGCGUCGUCCCUAAUCUAGCCAACCUCAAACUCCGAGGACGAAUCAGCCCAAGUCUGAUGCAAACGGUCAUCGAGAUGAAGCAACUGAAGACCUUGAACCUCAACGUCGGUGGCGCCGACAUGACUCCGAGUGCAUUCGUCGCGCUCUCACACUGGGAACGCCUCGAAGAGCUGAAGGUCCAGAUGGACGACAUCGAUCCUGAAGUCCUCGCCGCUCUUCUCCCCCAAGAGGAAGACGAGGUCCGCGCACCAUACUUCCCUGCCCUCAAAACGCUGCACAUACGUGCCUCCCCAGCCGUCCUCGAGGCUGUCCUCCUUCCUUUCACUCUCCCUAUCGUCGCCGAAGCAUCCGCACCUGUAUUACACGCCAUUCAUAUCUCAUCGCCUCCCAAACCUCGCUGCAUCGAUUCUUGGAAACCCUCGCUCGCGCUUUUGCCUUCGACUGUGGAGGUCCUCACCCUCGAGUCCCUUACCACCUUCUGUUCCCUCCCUUCGCCCGCUUUCCUGCCCCUACAUGUGACACCACCGCCCCACCCCCUCGCCCUAGCUGCUCCCCAAAACCCAAUCAGUGCCACAGGUCCAGCCCCCACCCCGCACCACACCCCUUCUACCUCUCUCACAUUCCCCUCCUCGACCGCCAAACUCCACCCCACGCUCUCGACCUUUGAACCCCUCUCCCGGCUACACAAUCUCCGCAUCCUGCGAAUUGACACGUGUGUGCCACCAGACCUCGGAGACGAGGAUGUGGAGAGGAUGGCGGGGUGGUGGCCGAAGAUUGAGGAAUUGGGGUUGUGGACCCGGCCGAUGUUGUCGGAGAGUGAGGGGACGGGUGGGGAUGGAACGACGACGGAGGAUGAGGAGGAUGGGAGCGAGGCAAUGGGGUGGUUGAGUCCUAGGGCGACGGUCGCUUCACUACGUGUGCUGGCGGAGAGAUGUCCGAGGUUGAGAGGCUUGGCUGUUCCCCUGGAUAUCUCAUCCGUCUCCCCAAGUGGCGGCGUGGCAGGACAGACUACUCUGGAGAGAUUAACGAUUGGAUACUCGAGGCCGAGACGAAGGCCGAGAGAGGGGAGGUCUGAGGCGAGCGUUGAUUGCUUGGUUGAGGCCUUGUAUGAGGCGUUCCCAGCGAUGCAGAAGUUGGCGUUCGAGUGUCCUGGAACGGAGGAUGGGGAGGGCGAGGAUAGACCGUGGAAGGACGUUGUGGAUGGGUAUUUCGCAUUGCAGCAGGGUUCUGCUGCCGUGGCUUAAAGCCUGGAGUACGCUACCUUUCUAGUUUAUUGCCCGUCGAGCUUUUGAUCUUGUUUUGAUUUUUUUAUGGCCGACAUAGAAGUCUUUAGAGUCUCCGGUAUAGAUUGCCCAUAGACCUCAUCUGACUUUUGUCUCGUAGUGGGACCCAGACAUCUACAUAUCAUCUGACUGACCAUAGGUAUUCACUCUGAGUCCUCUUCGUUCACUCCGGUUUCCUCUCUUGUUUUUUGUUUGUUUUCGGUGACUUUCUUGAUCUCCUUACACGCUCAUCUUGGAUUUCUUCUGUCUACCCGCCUCGCACUCUGCACCUCAUAGCAUUUCAUACAUACCCUAUACUCCCUGCCACCCGUCUAUCGUGGACUAAUUCAUCGUCUCUCCCCUAAUCAUCACCAUUGUCUGUAGACUAUACAUACGCGCCUACUGUAUAUAUUGUAUGUACCGGCUACUCCUUCAGCCUUGCCGUCCUGUUCUGUUCCUUCACCUCAUCCGUACUAAUACGUAAUUGUCUAAGUUAUGUCCUCAUGUCAUCCUCAUCUACUUACUUC